GGCGGAGCCGAGAACCAAACAAACGAGAGGGCUCCCGAGCGGCCGGGGGCGGGGCCCACGAGCGUUGCCGAGCCUUCGAGUCCCGAGCGCAGGGCCUUCCGCCGAGUUGAUCUUUCGGUUGCUGGUCGCCGUGGGCCGCGCGGCCUAAGGUCGGGCUGAGACGCGCGCUGCAAUGGCGACCUUUGUGAGCGAGCUGGAGGCGGCCAAGAAGAACUUGAGCGAGGCGCUGGGGGACAACGUGAAACAAUACUGGGCCAACUUAAAGCUGUGGUUCAAGCAGAAGAUCAGCAAAGAGGAGUUCGACCUUGAGGCUCACAGGCUCCUCACACAGGACAACGUCCACUCUCACAAUGAUUUCCUCCUGGCCAUCCUCACACGCUGUCAGAUUUUGGUCUCCACACCAGAGGGUGCUGGAUCUUUGCCCUGGACAGGGGGCUCUGCAGCCAAGCCUGGAAAACCGAAGGGCAAGAAAAAGCUUUCUUCUGUUCGUCAAAAAUUUGAUCAUAGGUUUCAGCCUCAGAACCCCCUUUCUGGAGCUCAGCAGUUUGUGGCAAAGGAUCCCCAGGAUGAUGAUGAUUUGAAACUUUGUUCACACACGAUGAUGCUUCCCACACGAGGUCAGCUUGAAGGACGAAUGAUUGUGACUGCCUAUGAGCACGGGCUGGACAAUGUCACCGAGGAAGCUGUUUCUGCAGUUGUCUAUGCUGUGGAGAAUCACCUCAAAGAUAUCCUGACUUCAGUUGUGUCGAGAAGGAAAGCUUACCGGGUACGAGAUGGCCAUUUUAAAUACGCCUUUGGUAGUAAUGUGACCCCACAGCCGUACCUGAAGAAUAGUGUGGUGGCUUACAACAACCUGGUUGAGGGCCCUCCAGCCUUUGCUGCUCCCUGUGCCAGUCAGAACCCAGCUUCUCACCCACAUCCUGACGAUGCUGAACAGCAGGCGGCAUUCCUGUUGGCAUGCUCCGGCAACACACUACCUGCUUCUUUGCCUCCAGUGAACAUGUAUGACCUUUUUGAAGCUUUGCAGGUCCACAGGGAAGUCAUUCCUACACAUACUGUGUAUGCCCUUAACAUUGAAAGGGUCAUCAUGAAGCUCUGGCAUCCCAACCACGAGGAGCUGCAACAGGACAGAGUCCACCGCCAGCGCUUGGCAGCGAAAGAAGGACUUCUGCUCUGCUAAAUUAGAACUUGAAGAUUUGGGAUCAUCACUAAGUUAACUGGUUCCUGAAAAUGGAACGCUUUUGCGUCCACAUUUCAAAACUGAAGUGUAUAGUGUAUGUAUAACCUUUCCUAUGGAAAUGUGACAUUGAGUGCAUUUUGUGUUGCUACUGUGAAGCCAUUAAUAUAUGUGACUGAUAGACCUACCUGUGUGUCUCUGUGUCCCCAGAUAAAGGAGCAAACAUUGUGCGGUGCCUGGAUAGGGAUAUUAAGUCAGCUGAGGUGUAGAACCUCUGCUCUGCUGGUAAGCUAGGUGACAUCCUAGAAUAAAGAUGCUAUUGUAGCUCAGUCCCCAUGAUUAGCAGGACUGUGUUCAGUGAUGUGUGUUCUGUAUUGGGCAGUUUAAAAGCUGCCUUUCCUGAAGAACUGUACUCUGCAUAUUGGUGGAAUAACCUAGUGUUAGUCAGAACCCUUUAGUGACUAGUUAGCAGCUAGGGAUGUUACCAAGCAACCCAGUUUCACUCUAGAGAACAGGAUCUGGAGAUGUGGUUCUUUCUUUGCAUUUAUUACUCUAGUCCAAUUCUUAGAAUGCAGUUAUCCUUAGUGUUCUCUUGUAAUUCAGUUGUUUUAGCAGUAGUGUCCAAAGGCGGAUAAGCUUGUUAAUCCCAUAGAAUAUUUUCAUGAAUCUUAGAAACUCAUUUUCCUAUUUCUACGUCUGUUUUGCCCUUUCAAGUGGUACUGUGAGCUCACAGUUGACAGUGUUACUGGUAACCAACUUGUUUUAAAGCUAUGUUGCUUUUCAUUCAUGUAGUAUUGAUGGAUAAGUUAGGUGUAUAGAUGGGUUUUCAGAGGCCAAAACAGUAAGUACAUGUUUUUUUUUGGUGUUCCUGUAUCUGGAUCUGUGGAUUUGAUUUUGUAUUUUAAAUGUGACAAAUAAACAUUUUGGGAGAAA